CGGGGCGCGCCGGAAGUGGCUGCAGCUUUGUCUGCCGAGACCCCGGACGUGGCUGUACUGCUGUUCGGUUGGGGGCUGCGACUCCGCCAUGGGUUGCGACGGAGGAACGAUCCCUAAGAGGCAUGAGCUAGUGAAGGGGCCCAAGAAGGUCGAGAAGGUUGAUAAAGAUGCUGAAUUAGUGGCCCAGUGGAACUAUUGUACUCUAAGUCAAGAAAUAUUAAGACGACCAAUAGUUGCUUGUGAGCUUGGCAGACUUUAUAACAAAGAUGCUGUCAUUGAGUUUCUGUUGGACAAGUCUGCGGAAAAGGCUCUUGGGAAAGCAGCGUCUCACAUCAAAAGCAUGAAGCAUGUGACAGAACUGAAGCUUUCUGAUAACCCAGCCUGGGAAGGGGAUAAAGCAAGCACGAGAGGUGACAAGCACGAUGACCUGCAGCGGGCACGGUUCAUCUGCCCCGUGGUGGGCCUGCAGAUGAGUGGCCGUCACAGGUUUUGCUUCCUCCGGUGCUGUGGCUGUGUGUUUUCUGAACGAGCUUUGAAAGAAAUAAAAGCAGAAGUUUGCCACACAUGUGGGGCUGCCUUCCAGGAGGAUGACAUCAUUGUGCUCAAUGGUACCAAGGAGGAUGUAGAAACGCUGAGGAAAAGGAUGGAGGAGAGACGGCUGAGAGCAAAGCUGGGAAAGAAAACAAAGAAAUCCAGGGCGGCGGAGAGUGUGUCAGCCCCGGGAGUGAGCGAAGAAUCCUCAGGGACAUUAAAAGUGAAAACGGGGAAGCCUGAAGAUUCCAGCCUUGAAUCUAGAGAGAAGAAACCCAGCGUAGCUCCCAAAGGUGCAGCAAGCGGAGGCUCUUCUGGAAAAGCUGGGAAGGCUGCAGGAGGAGCCCCAAAGCGGUCCAUUGCCGACAGCGACGAGUCUGAGACCUACAAGUCCAUCUUCACAACCCACAGCUCCGCCAAGCGCUCCAAGGAGGAGUCAGCCCACUGGGUCACCCACACGUCCUACUGCUUUUGAAGGGCACGCCUCGCUGUCCCGGGGUCUGUGGGUGGCUCGUGCACCUGAUGGUAUAAAGCUGUCCUCCCACCCUCUCAGUCCAUGUGGUCACUUGUUGUGUGGCACCCCUGCAUCCAGGGAAGCCAUGGCUGGCUUGCACAGGAGCUCACAACCCACGCCCACGCUUCCACCUGCGGCUGCACCUGUCUCUUCCACGGCGGCCAAGUGGUGUUUGCUGCACCUUUUCUGUGGUGGCAUCAGACUGCAGGUGUCCCCGGGUUGUGGGUCGGUUUAUUUUGAUGCUAAUUUCAGUGUUUUCGGCCUCUGGAGAGGACAAGUUUGCACUUGCUGUCUGCUGAGUCUUUGAAGGCCCACGUCCCCUCACUGCAUCCCAGGGUGGGCCUGGCAUUCGGGGAGUCUUCCCUAGUUUGUAGAUUUGAAGAUAGCUGAGGUUAGGUUAUAGCUGAGCAUCUAAUGAUUCGGCACAUGAAUAAAGCUGCCUUUUCUCCUG